AUGCCGGUUGCUUAGCAACGGAUGACAACAUUCAACUCGUACUAAACGACCUGUAAGAUGUCUGUUCCCUUCUCCAACACAAACCUGCGGAUCCCCAGAGGCUUUGGGAAUUUAUUGGAGGGUCUUGCUAAAGAGGUGUUGAGAGACCAGCCUGAGGACAUCCCCACCUUUGCUGCUCUCUACUUCACAAAGCUUCUUAAAGCCAGAGAAGAAAGUGGUCUAGACCCAGCAGAGUGGGGUGCAAAGUUGGAAGACAGGUUUUACAAUAAUCACUCAUUUAAGGGCACAGCAAUACAAGAAAGAAACAACGCUGGCCGUUCUGAAACUUUGGGAAACAAUGAAACUCCAAGCUCCCCAUUAAACGACCUUAACACUAAUAAUACAGAAGUAAAGCAAAAAUAUGAGUUGGAUAAGAAGCUCGAUGAGGAAUCCAGUGAGAGGGAAUUUGAACCUUCUGCAGAUGUGGGAACGGCAGAUGUUGAUAUAUGCGCUCAAGAGCUAAAAAACCCCAGCGGGAUUCCAGAACAAACAUCAGAGGUACUGAAGGAUGAUGACCUUGCAAAAGAAGCUGUAGAUAUUGAUAUCUGCAGAUCAGAACUUGAACCAACACCUUUGCCUUCCUUUGAUGGUCUCGCAAAUGUUGAUGUAUGUGCUGAAGAGAUAAACCACCCAUCUGAAUCUACGGAGAACAGAGAUUUGGAAAGCCCGAUAUUGAACGAAGAACAGUUUGAAUCACAAGAUGAAUCUUUUGUUGAAACCUCUUCACAUAUCGAGCAGGAUGUAGGCAAACAAACCAGUGAAAUGUCUGAUGGUGAUGAUGAUGACCAUGUGGAAGAAACUGAACAGGGAGUUUUGGAAAUGGCUGAUAAUUUUUUAGAAGACACUGAUCCAGAAGAAAAGAGCUCUGAGCAGAUUUAUGUGGAGGAAUCAGCUGAAAGUACUACUGAAAAAGACGUAACUGAAAAUGCAGUUGAAGCAGAGCAGGAAUCAGAGGAAUAUAUUGAAAUAAGUACUACUGAAAAAGACAUAACUGAAAAUGCAGUUGAAGCAGAGCAAGAAUCAGAGGAACAUACUGAAGAAAGGGAUGACUUACCAGACCAUGAAAACCAGGAAGUGACCAAUCAUGAGUACAGCAGCACCAAUGACAUUGUAGAAGAUUCCACAUCUGAUAUCAACAGUAGAUCAUUGAUGGAAAUGAAGGACACAUACAUUGACUACAGUGAUGAAACGUAUGACAGUAAAAGCGAAGUCAUAGAUGUUCUAGAUGAAGUUCACCAUCAGUGCUCUACUCAUACAGAUGAGCAUGAAGCUGAAAACAGCACUGAUGAACAAAACACCUCUAAAAUCACGGAUGAAAUGAAGGAGGAAACCCCAAAGCUAGUUUCCCAACUGAACGACGGUGAAACAGAAGUCACAGAGGACAUGAUAAGCAAUGAGAUUUUAAAUACUGACAUAAUGGAUGCUUCUGAAAAAGAUCUGAACACAGAGAACGUAAAUGAAGGGAGUGAUCUUGACAGUGAUGCUGAAGAGACGGAUCUGGAUAUUUUGAACAUGCCUCAGCAAAAUACAGUAAAAACUGAAGAUGAGGCGGAUGAUACUGAACCAAAGGAAGAUAUUUUGACUUCUGAAGCCGAAGAAGCUGAUCCCAGGCCUUUAGAGGGAGAAACAGAGGUUAUCAGUGAAGAACAUCCUACAGAGUUACAAGAACAGACUGAAAUUACUGAGAAUGAAGCAGAUCAAGAGGAUCAGUUGGAGGAGCAAAGGGAUGAAAGCCAGGAAUCAAUACUUGAAAGUGAGAACCAGGAGAAUCCUGACAGUGGUGAAUCAAAGGAGGAAUGCAACCAGCCACAGGAGGAAGAGGACAUCAUGGACAUCCCAUUGGAUGACCCAGAGGCCAAUAAGGCGGCCGCCAAAAUCCAGGCCGGUUUCCGUGGUCAUAUGACCCGGAAGAAGAUGAAACCCGGUGAAAAGCCCAAUGAGGAGGUGAGCAGCAGUGGUGAGGCUCUCAACGGCAGCCAAGGGGACUCAGGGGGAACAGACGGAGUAGAGACAGACGCCACAUCUGGACCAGAGCAGUGAAAACCCUUCUCAAGGUGGACGGCUUAUCGGACGCUUUCUCCAGGGAUUUUUUUGUGUCCAAAAAAGUAGUAAAAUUAAGCUGGAUAUGUCAUCUGAUAUGUGAACUCUUUCUCUAUUUUCUGCUUCUUAUCCAGUCCGGGUGAAUAUCUGCUCCAGCAUGCUUUUGCAUCCCACAAAAGGCAUCUGUAUACUGUAUAUCUGAUAUUUGUAUAAAUCGGAAAAACAGAUGGCGUAGAAAUUAACACAGGCUUCUUCAAUCAGACAUUCAAGUAGACUUAAUGCAUCAUGAUUUGAGUUUUAUCGUUUUUGUUGCUUGAUAUUCCUUUCCUGUGGUAGUAAGUUUAUGAUUGCCUUGAUUUGACUAUGUAGCCACUAUCACAAUAAGAUGUGAAAUUUGUUUAUGUUCAUGAAAUAGAAUGUUAUCAGUUGUUUAUAAUCGUGUUGACUGAUUGAUUUAUUUGGUUUGCUACUUGUAAUAUGUUAAAAAUGAAAUCAGAGCUUCCAAAGCAGCAUAUGGCAUGGCAAGAUUGACUUUAAUUUAUUUCAUUCUGUUUAAUUUGUCAAAUUAUUGAUACUAAGGUAAUGUAUAUCAUUAGAAAUAUAGAAAUUGAGUUACUGAGUGAUAGCCAAGAUCACCUUGCAUGUUGAUAUCAGCAUCAAGCUCUGUAUCAGUUGAAAAGCAAAUAAAAACUCAGAAAUGUC